AUGGUUAGGUUCUUUUCACGUGAAUUAAAAUAUACACUCCACAAUUUCUUCUUGCGCGAUCUGUCGUCACUAGCCUUCUACUGCAGUGAAUUGGAUGGAUUUUGUAAAUUGUGGGUGGAUUGUUUGGGCCGUGAAUUUUACAGGCCUUUAAGGAAACAAGAAAUGGACUGGAAUAACUUUUUUAUGUCUGGCACCAACCAGAAUUACAAUUUUGUGCCAGGAGCAUAUCCUCCUAGUGGUGGUGGUGGUGGUAGUGGUGCAGUGUAUCAAAAUGGCCAACAAAAUUGGCAAUAUUAUCCAUCCUACAAUCAAAACUACAUAUCAGAACCUUCAACUUUGCAACCUAUUGUAUCUCCUCUUGUAUCGUCAUCUCCAUAUGGGGGAGUUUUUUCCCACCCCUCUGGGGAGUAUCAAGAAGGUAAUAUGGGAUCUGGUAUAGUUUCAUCAUUCCAAAGGAGUGGAAUGAGGGUAAAUGAAAGUCUCAACACACCAGCAGAUGCACUUGCUUCAAUUUUAUCUGCAUCUUCUUUGACACCUACAGCUGGAGAAUUUAUUCCCCGUUCUAAAAAUGUUCAAAAGGUGGAGGAACAAGCAAGUUUUGUAAGUGCAUCGUAUAAUAAUUUUAAUAAUUCUAUACCUCAACACCAGCACCAACUGGAUCUGCCCAGAGUUGAUGGUGAAAGCGUUAGGAAUGUAGCAGGAGUUAAUUCCAAUAAUUUUGAGGCUGAUAAUAAUAGUAAUGUCAACAAAUCUAAAGCUGUUCAUUCAUCUAAUAGUAAAAGCAUACAUCAGAGGAAAGAUAAAGACAUACCUAAUUCAGAAACUGUGGACCACAUUAAGGAAAUAGGUGACCGUAGUAUAGGAAACAAAGGAACACCCUACCAUGCUGCUAAUAGCCAAAAUGCUUCACCAAAUUCUGCAAAUAUUAAACCAAAUGUCCAAUCAAUUUCAAAUGAAGAUAAUGAAAAAGUAUCUGGUGCUGUAGGUGAACCAAAGAACCAUCGUCAAAAUAACAGGCAAACGCUUGAUACGUCUGUGAGAAAAGGCAGUGGAAGAAUACUUCAAAAUAGAAUGGGUGACGGUGUGAGAGUAUCCAAUGUACGCGAUUCUAAGAAUCAAGGACGCCAACAAUUGCUUGCAGAAGCUGCCACUUAUUAUUCAUCUAGGUUUGUGGAAAAUAGGCAAGGGGAUGGAGCAAAUUCAAGUUACUAUGGCCAUAAGUCUUUUGAUUGGAAAGCACACCGUGAAGGAAGAAACUCAAAUUCUGAAGCAAAUCCUUUUAUAGGAAAAAAUAAUAGCCAAACAGGUAAUAAAAGAGAGAGAAUCUCACAGGAGAAUGAGAACUCUUGUGAAGAUAAUGCUCCAGAAAAAGAAAUGAAAGGUAAUGGAGGACAAUGUCAAUACCAUCAGAAUGGCAGUAACAAAAGUGACAGAGGAGACCAAAACGAUAGAAGAGAUAGAAAUGACAGAAGAGAGAAAGGUGACAAAGUUGAAAGAGAAGAUAAAAUUGUCCGAGGAAAUCGAAAUGACAGAGGAGAUCGAAAUGACAGAGGAGACCGAAAUGACAGAGGAGACCGAAAUGACAGAGGAGACCGAAAUGACAGAGGAGACCGAAAAGACAGGGGUAACAGAAAUGACAGGGAAGACAGGAAUGACAGGAGUAACAGAAAUGACAGGGAAGACAGGAAUGACAGGGGUAACAGAAAUGAUAGGGAAGACAGGAAUGACAAGGGGGACAGAAAUGACAGGGGUGACAGGAACGACCGAGAUGGCAACAACAGGGGAAGUAGAAAUGACUGGGGAGAUAGAUUCAACAGAGGAGAUAGAAAUGAAAGAGGAGGAAAAUUUGAUAAAAGAGAGAAAAAUGAAGGAAGGGAGAGAAGUGAUAGAGGGGAGAGAAUGGACAAAGGAGAACGAAAUAAUAGAGAGAGACGUGGUGAAGUAACUGAAUGGAAUGAUAGAGGAAAAAAAUGGGAUAGAAGUGAAAGAAGGGAUAGAAAUGAUAAUGGUGACAUGAGUGAAAGAGGAGAAAGUUGGGGCGAAAGAGGAAUUAGGAGUGAUAGAGAAAUCAGAAAUAACCAAAGUGGAAGAAUUGGGAGGCAAGAAGGAGCAGAAAGAAGUGAUAGAAAUGAUUCAGGGAGAUACCAGAAAACCUUUUACAGUAGCAGGUUCAAUUCUAGAAAUAGCAAUGCAUCACCAAGUGGGCGAGACAUUCCUUUAGAUAGUAGUUCGUCAUAUUUUCAGAACAGAGCAAAAUGGCAGGGUUCCAGUCAGUCAUCAAAUGAUCAACAAAUGGAAAAUGAAAAUGUUUUUUCUGAUAGAUAUGAGGCCAAUUCAGGGUACAAAUGUGGAUCCUAUGUACCUGGUGAAUCCACCUGGAAUGGUGGUAAUUCAUCCUAUAAAAAUGAAAACAAUGGGGCACAGAAUUCACCCAGAAAUUACAGUGAAGAGAAAACUCUGGCAGUGUCUCACGAUGACAUAAGAAGAAACGGAAAGUUUUCUCAAAAUAUGGGAAUGAGAGUAAAGAAAUCAUACUAUGGCCAGCCGCAAUAUGCAGAUGAUGAAGCUAGCCAACGAGAAAGUCUCAGUGACCAGCUCUCACGUGGUGCACUAGAGUGCCUGGUGUGUUGUGAACGUGUACGACAAAAUGAUUCAGUUUGGAGUUGCCGGAAUUGCUACCAUGUUCUGCAUCUACGUUGCAUCAAAAAGUGGGCCAGGUCUUCCAAAGCUGAGUCAGGGUGGCGUUGCCCAGCAUGUCAGAAUGUGUCUUCAAAGAUGCCACAAGAAUAUCUCUGCUUUUGUGGGAAAAUGCAGGAUCCAGAAUGGAACCGUCAGGACUUGCCACAUUCCUGUGGGGAGGUCUGUGGGCGAACACGUGCUGCCAGAGCGCCUGAACUGGGCCCAUGUGUUCACAGAUGCACACUUUUGUGUCAUCCUGGUCCUUGCCCUCCCUGUUUAGCUCAAGUGAACAGGGAGUGUGGUUGUGGAAAAACCUCCCAGAUUGUCAGCUGUGGCAGUUCUCAACCUCUGCUGUGUGAAGCCACUUGUGACAAACUACUUAACUGUAAAGCGCAUCGCUGCACCAAAGCCUGUCACUGGGGAGCUUGUGGAGACUGUGAGGUUGUUAUCAAACAAGAUUGCUUUUGUGCAAAGAACUCACAAGAAGUACCCUGCACUGAAGGAACUGCAGAUGUGAAGAACUAUUCUUGCAAAGAAGUGUGUGAUAAAAAGUUAGCCUGUGGAAAUCAUAAUUGUACUCUGAUAUGUCAUGAUGGUGAUUGCGUUCCUUGUGAACUUACGCCGAGCAGAGUUACUCGUUGUCCAUGUGGUAAGACAGCUCUGGGAGAGGACUGCAAGCGAGUGAGUUGUCUAGAUCCUGUACCCACUUGUGGGCAGAUAUGUGAAAAGCAGUUGUCUUGUGGACAGCCUGGAAACUAUCAUCAGUGUCAAGCAGAAUGUCAUACAGGGCCUUGCCCUCAGUGUCCGCUUAUAACAUUUGUCAAGUGCCGUUGUGGUCACAUGGACCGUGAAAUUGAAUGUAAAGACCUCAAAACCAAGGCUGAUGAUGCUCGAUGUGAGAAACGGUGCUCGAAGAAACGUGCCUGUGGUAAACAUAAAUGCAAUCAGACUUGUUGCAUAGAUGUUGAUCACCGGUGCCCGCUUCCCUGUAACCACACUUUGAGCUGUGGUCAGCAUCGUUGUGAAGAAUUGUGCCAUCGUGGGCAUUGCCAGCCAUGUUGGCGUACUAGUUUUGAAGAAUUAUUCUGCGAGUGUGGGGCUAGUGUUAUCUUUCCUCCAGUGCCCUGUGGCACACGACGACCAGCCUGCAAUCAGCCGUGUAGUCGACAACAUCCUUGUGACCACGAAGCCCUGCACAAAUGCCAUUCGGAAUCCACAUGCCCUCCAUGUGCUGUGCUCACAGAGAAAUACUGCUAUGGAAAGCAUGAACUACGGAAAGCUGUGCCUUGUCAUCAGACAGAAUUCUCAUGCGGUAUGCCGUGUGGACUUCCUCUUCCUUGCGGUCGCCACACAUGUAUUUCUGCAUGUCACAAGGGUUCUUGUGUACGAGAAGGCCAACCUGUAUGCACUCAGCCAUGCAAGACCACUCGCACGUUAUGUGGGCAUCCCUGUGCUGCCCCUUGUCAUGAGGGCGCCUGUCCUGAUACACCAUGUAAAGAAACGGUUCGUGUAACUUGCGUGUGUGGCCAUCGGUCUACAACCCGGCCUUGUUGUGACCAAAUAAAAGAGUACAGACGUGUUAUGACAGCCCUUCUAGCUUCAAGGAUGCAGGAUGUACAGUUGGGUCAUUCUGUGGACAUUGACGAUCUUGGAGGUCCCUCUGCCCGUGUUGAUAGUCUCAAAACGUUGGAAUGUAAUGAUGAAUGUAAGAUCAUUGAACGCAACAGAAGAUUAGCUAUUGGUCUACAGAUUCGUAAUCCAGAUUUAAGUAGUAAAUUGCAGCCUCGGUAUUCAGAUUUUAUGCGUCAGUGGGGCAAGAAAGAUCCGUUUUUUGUAUCUAUGGUUCAUGAUAAACUCACUGAACUGGUGCAGCUGGCAAAGCAGUCUAAACAAAAAAGCCGUAGUUACUCCUUCAGCUCAAUGAAUCGGGAUAAAAGGCAUUUUAUUCAUGAAUAUUGUGAACAUUUUGGCUGUGAAUCCCAGGCAUAUGACCCAGAACCAAAUCGCAAUGUAGUUGCAACUGCUCAACGGGACAGGGCCUGGCUUCCUAGUAUGAGUCUACUAGAAGUCUUGCAGAGAGAGAGUGGUCAACGGAAAGUGCCCAAACCUGUAACUGCUCGAGCCCUUGAUUCAAAGUUAAAAGAAUUACCUCUUGGCCAGUCAACAUCACAGGAAAAAUCUGGUGAAGGGAGUAGCAAAACUGAGAAGGAAAAAGAGAAAGAAAAGGAAGUGGAGAUAGAUUACUUUGAAAAUAAUCUAUAAAUAAUUCUUUGACUUUAGUUUUGGAAAAGGGCAGAAGAAGCAGCAGUUAGCCAACAAAGAAUGGUCAGAUUUUGCACUAUUUUUCCUGAUUGAGAAUAGAGAAGAAAAUAGAAAUGUUCUAGAGAGAAAAGCUGCUUGCCAAUAUAAUUCAUUUUGCUUUUUAUAUCUAUUGUUUUAUUACCAAGGCAAAUAUAUGAUGCCUACAUAUUUUUAGCACCAUGUCAAAACCAUAAAAAUCAAAAAAGUUAUUGUUGAGAAAAAUAUGUUUAAAGAUCAUGUAUAUGACUUUUCAAGUAGAGUUGCAUGUUAAUUAAUUGGUAAAUUCUGCUGAUUUUUGCUUCACAGUUUCAUUAUUCAUAAUUUCAUUAUUAAUUCAUGGUCAUUCUGGUGCAGUUGAAGCAUGUGAACAAGCAUCAUGUUUAUAUUUUGGGGUCUUGUUGUUUGUAAUUUCAGAAGCUCCUUGUGGUUUGUGUUGGUAAUUAAUUUGCAUAGAACUCUUUACCUUAAAAUUCCUGUUUUUUAUGUUGACAUAAUCAGAUAUUAAAAUGCGUUCUCUCAAAAGUAACUUUCCACUGUUGAGGUUUUGGUAUGGUAUUGAUAAUAUGUAUACCUUCACUGGCAUAAUGGAUAUCACCUACUUUAUUUUGUAUUCAUUUCUCAAGCAUCAUAUUUACUAAAAAAUGUCAAUUGAUAUCUGUGAAAAAUAUGAGAAGUACUUGAGGUCUGAUGAUGUAGAUUUUCUUUGCCUGUGCUUGAUAAUAAUGUAGGGCAUAAUAAAUGUGUAAAGUUUGAUGUGUUGAAGUCUGAGGAAACUUGCAAAGUGAAUUGGAUUCGUAUUUCAUUGUAGGUUCUAUUGGACAAAAUUACAAAACUGCUUUGUGAACAAUAUUUGUUCCCAUCCCAACACAUUUGUUCACAUCCCAUUGAUGUAUAUAAAUUGUAUGUUAGGUUUUUGACCGUUUUAAACAAAGAUAUUUGCUUCAGAAAUACAUUUCCUAUCUGCGAGGUUGUUUCAAAUAGAUGAUUAUAUAGAAGAGUUUCAUUGGAGGAUUAAUUUAUGAUUUCCAGUGUCUAAUUAUAUUUUGCUGCCCUCAGAAUUCAGGCACUUGUGAAAAAGACAGUAGUUAUUAGAAAGUUCUUGUUUAUUUGAUUUUAUUUAAUUAAGUGUUAACUCAAUUUGCCAUGUAAAUAUAUUAUUAUAAUAAUUAUUAGAAUUGUCAAAUAGAUUUAUGGAUAUUAUUAAUUGAAUUGUUAAAUUAUUGUUUAAAAUGCAAUAAUUUCAUUAUAUAAAGUGAAAAGGGAAAUAUUCAAUAUCUGUUUUUUGAAGGCAAAGUAUAAAUGUUAUGGGAUCUUUUUAAAAAGCAAUGUACAUGUUUGUGUACAAAUGCUAAUGUUUCUGUACUUGCCGAAUUCUGAUGGAAAAAUAAUUUACUGGGCUUCAUGAUAAUUUUCUCAACAACCAAAAAAAAUAAAGUACAUUUCAUUGCCAAUAUGAGGUGAUUAUAAUCCUUUACCAUGUUAUAACAAUUACUAAUGUCACAGUCUGUGAAUUUCUUUUGCCUCAGCAUAAAGUAGUAAUUAAUGUUCAUCAAGGAGUGUUCAUUAUAACAUGUGAAGCAACAUUCAUUUGUAUGCGCCUGUAUAACAGACUUGUACAUUGUAAUUUUUCACUGUUGUGAAGGUGCCUUCUGUAAAAAAAAUAUUAUUAAAUCCUUUCAGAAAAUAUGAUUGUAAAACCCUUUGAUGUUCAUCACAACAAUCCAUCCAAUUUAUUUUGUUGAUAAUCCAAUGCUUCUGAGGAUUUGAGAGAUUGUGCAUCAUUCCAUUAAUAAGAAUACGUUUGUUUAUAAUUUUUUGAUUAAUGUAGAAAUCUAGUGAGAUUCAGUAAAUAUUACCCUCAAUUGGUAUGUG